UCACUCCCUAAAACAAACGGAUAUUUGGCAUUGAGUCACAUUAUUCUGCAGCCGCCAUAUUUUCUUGCAGGUAGAAGGCAGGCCCUUCCUGGUGUAAACAAACAAGAUUGGGCUACAGUGACAAUCCUCCCUGAUGGCCUGCAUCUGGUUUAUACCCUCUAUUAAUGGGGUCCUUCAAAAUCCAGCCUCAGAUGCCCUCCUCCCGUAGCGGUGGCCUCCACCUCCGGCCUGGCCCAGCUUACGUGGUCCAGCUUGUGCAAGACCCAAUUCCAGCUCCGGGUUUCCGGCUUUUGGCCACUCAGGAUUGGACCUCGGACUGGAGCUGGUCGGCCCUGCAGGUGCAGGGCCUGGGGACUGAGGAAGCACAGAGAUUCCCCGCCCCGUUCCCCGCCUUCGGCACUCGCGGCGAGGCACCGUCCCACUCCCCGCCCCCGGGAUGCCGGGCGCGUGCGGCUAUUCGGCAGCUCAAGCCCCGCCCCCACCGUCUCCGUUUUCCGCUCACUCCUCUCCCAGGCCACUGCGCAGGCGACACGACGCCCCGCCUUUCUCCCCGCCCUGCCGCGCUCCAGGGACGCAGCGCGCACGCAACCGCGUUUCCGGCGAGACCUGGCUGCUGUGCUCCGCGGCUUGUGCGCGCUUUUGGACCGCGCGGGCCUUCGGGAGAUCGAGUUGGUCAGUGGAUCUUGCUGAGUUUCCUGUGGGCCUAUGUGAAAUGAUCGGCAUCUGUUCAGCGUUACUGUGUGCUAAGCACGUUUGCGUGUGUCAUACGUUGAAUGCUCACAACAGCCCCAGGAAAUUGGUACCAGUGUUAUCCUCAU